UCGAAAAGUUUUACGCAAGUUGAGAAAUAUAAGCUAAAUAAAAAAAUGUACAGUUAACAUUUUUUAAUCCAUUUUUAAAGAUUCAUGCGCGUUUUCGGUAUUUUUCCUUCAAGUUGUGAACUCGUGUCUUGCUCGAAAAUAAAAAAGUGGACGAAAAGCCAAACUUUGAAACGCGGCUAAAAAACGGUCUCGAAAUCGGGAACAGUGAAAAAUGUAGGUAAAGAACGACAAAGCGACGUGGAAGGACGUGGAGUCCUGCGGACGUUAUUCUGGGGAAUCGCCGUGGCCCGGCGUAGCCUCUGAUCUCUUAUUAUAGUAUCGUUCUAGUACCAAGAUGCUGGACAUAUUUCGUGGUCUGAAGAGUCUCAUAAAAAUCUCGCAUAUCCACAUCGACAGCGCCGUCUUCCGCUUGCAUUACAGUCUGACUGUGAUCCUGCUGAUAGCGUUCUCCCUGAUUGUCACAACCCGUCAGUACGUCGGCAAUCCUAUCGACUGUAUACAUAGCAAGGACCUGCCUGAAGACGUUCUGAACACUUACUGCUGGAUACACAGCACUUACACGAUAACCGCGGCGUACCGAAAAAGAGAAGGUUUGGAAGUACCAUUUCCCGGCGUCGACAAUUCUAAAUCGUAUUCCGAAACUGAGCGAAAGGAGUACAAAUACUAUCAGUGGGUCUGCUUCAUGCUGUUCUUGCAGGCGAUCCUCUUCUAUACCCCGCGCUGGCUCUGGAAGGGCUGGGAGGGUGGCAAGAUUCAUGCCCUUAUGAUGGAUCUCGAUAUCGGGCUCUGCUCCGAGGUGGAGAAAAAGCAAAAGAAGAAAAUGCUGCUCGACUACCUCUGGGAGAACCUUCGCUUUCAUAAUUGGUGGGCUUACAGGUACUACCUAUGCGAGGUCCUCGCGCUUCUAAAUGUGAUCGGUCAGAUGUUUCUGAUGAACCGUUUCUUCGACGGCGCCUUCUUGACCUUUGGCAUUGACGUACUUAGAUUCCUCGAAUCCGAUCAAGAAGACCGAGUGGACCCAAUGAUUUAUGUCUUUCCACGAAUGACCAAAUGCACCUUUUACAAGUACGGCGUCAGCGGAGAAGUCGAGAGACAUGACGCCGUCUGUAUACUGCCUCUGAAUGUCGUGAACGAGAAGAUCUAUGUCUUUCUGUGGUUCUGGUUCCUUUUCCUCGGCGUGCUCAGUUUCUUUACGGUUUUAUAUAGGAUCCUAAUAAUAUUUUCGCCGCGCACGAGGGUCUACCUGUUGCGAAUGAGGUUUCGUUUGGUACGAAGGGAUGCUGUAGAGACCAUAGUGCGUCGCAGUAAGGUCGGUGAUUGGUUUCUUCUCUACAUGCUGGGCGAGAAUUUGGACACCGUGAUAUACAGAGACGUGAUGCACGAAUUGGCGAACAAGCUCGCCUCGAGGCAUCAUCACGGAGUGAAGGGCGAGCUUCAAGAAGCCUGAUCGAGGUUGCCUCGGAGGGACGAUACGUUCGAUUCGCCGCUGCCGCAAUCCUGCCCUCGCUCAUCUGCACCGCGUGGUCGUCGUCGUGUCCGGGAACGACAUGGGACGUGCGAUCGCAGUCGGAACCUCAGAAGACUAGCUGAUGGAGGAUCUUUCUCGAGGAUCCGCGAGUCUGCUCUCACAAACAGACGCGUUUUUCCCUUCCGCCGAUUGUUGCUCGUCGAACUCGAGGCGAUGCGACAGCGAUAGUCGCGCGAAGUUGCGUUCGUGGAGAUCACAAUUUCUGGUGAGAAAGAGAGAGAGAGAGAGAGAGAGAGAGACGCGCUUUCGCUAGUCAUCCUCAAGAAUCUAACGUAGUUUUGGCGAGUUCAACGAUCUCGAUGCUGCAAGCACAAACGAAGAAUAUUUAUAUAGAGAACAGUAGGAAUGUCAAUUGUGUGCUUUUGAGACUCCAUGAAAUUAAACGUUCAGCUUUACGCAUUAUAUUCGUUAUAUUAUUUUAAGAUUUAUGCGCAUUCCAGUAUGAUAGGAAUAUCAAACUGUAUAGACGAUAUCUUGCAUCCAUAAUUUUUAUAUUAUUCUGAUAAAGGGACGAUCACAUUUCUUGUUAUGUUCCCGUGUGUGUUACCCCGUGUGUGUUUCCACUUUCUCUUCUUGUAAACGUAAACGCGAAAGGUGCAUUUGGGCAUGUCUUGCAGCACAGGGAACUGAACUCGUCGAAAUUGCAUACCGGUUCCAGUCCCCGGUCGCAGUCGGGUGAAUUCAACCGGUGGCCCGUAAACGAAAAGACAGAGACACACGGCAUCGCGUGUGCAAGAGCGAUGGAAAGGACCAAAACUAUACCGGCGUUGCUGCACUUGACAGGACAUUGGAGAUGCGUCGUCCUUAGAUAGUGACACGCGUUAAAAGACACUUCAGGAACAGCGGCGUCGAACGGAUAUCGCACGACCGAGAGUCAUCGAGAGUAACGCCAGCCAGAGAGAUCUUCGUGCCUUUAUAUUUACUCCCGUGUCGCCAAAAGACAGAAUCUCGAAAGAGUGCUAGACAUCGAAUGUAUCAUCACACGGGAUAUCUUGUUUUUACUAAUUUUGAGUCCACUACAAAGAAUGCCCUUAGAUCAAUAAAU